AUGGCUCAGAAUGGACUUGUGAUCUUUGUCCUGGUUAUCCUACUGCUACUGGAUCAGACUCCUAUCCAGGCUUCCAAAUCAAAAGCCAGAAAGCACAGCAAACGUAGAGUGAAAGAGAAGAAUGGUGACCUAAAGACUCAGAUCGAGAAGCUUUGGCGAGAAGUAAAUGCUCUGAAAGAAAUGCAAGCGCUUCAGACAGUCUGCCUUCGUGGCACAAAGAUACAUAAAAAAUGUUACUUCGCACCCGAUGGCUCCAAGAAUUUCCAUGAAGCCAAUGAAGACUGCAUAGCAAAAGGCGGAACCCUAGCAAUCCCCAGAAACAGCGAUGAAACCAACGCCCUUCGUGACUAUGGCAAAAAGAGCAUGCCAGGCAUCAAUGACCUUUGGCUGGGUAUCAAUGACAUGAUCAAUGAGGGAAAAUUCGUAGAUGUUAAUGGAGUUUCUAUUCAUUUCUUCAACUGGGAUCGCGGUCAACCAAAUGGAGGGAAGCGUGAAAAUUGUGCCCUGCUAUCCCAGUCGGCACAAGGAAAGUGGAGUGAUGAAGUCUGCCGGAGUGUGAAGAGAUACAUUUGUGAAUUUGUUAUUCCAUAAACAUGUCCUGUGAGCACGAGUCUGGUAUCUGCCCUACCCAAUUCUACAGGCUGUUAGUCUCUAAGGUUUAGGAAAUCAAAAUUCAAAAGACAUCUUGAAAUACACUUCCUUAUUCUGGAAAGCUAGGUGAAGACAUUAUCUAUGAAAUAACUUUCCCUCAAGCUGACAAGAAAGCUACGUUUACUGAAUUAUGAUAGUCUUUAUUAAACGCUAUUCCUACUAUUACUACUACUACUUCUAGAGAUUGCCGGCUGUCAUUCUAUUAACUGUUUUGGCAAAACUCUCCUAGAUAUCGACACACUUGUGAAGGUUAUCUGUCAGUGACUUUGCACUCCAGGGUACUUAGGGGUCGUAGGGUUGUAAGUGCUGCCCAGCCACCACGCUGCCUGUCUGCCAGAUUCAGAGCUAUCAGGAAAGCACCAUGCUUACCUGCACGAUGCAAUGCCCAGUGAACUGUUGGUUCCCAUCAAGUGAUAAAUAAUCUCCCAAACAAAAACAAUAUAGAGGUUAGAAGGCAGUUUCUAUACUUGGUGGUCCCUGGAGGCUCUUGCUUCUAAAGCAAUGGCAGAGAUUUUGAUGAAGAUCCCCAGGGAAGACCAAAGACAGGAGAAGGGAAUACUGCUGAUAUUUCAUCAUCAUCAUCAUCAUCAUCAAUGGUAUUUAUUGAGAGCUUACCAUGUGCAGAGCACUGUACUAAGCAGUGGGGAGAG